AUGAUUGGUAAGAAGUCGCGCAAACUAAAGGAGCUUCGUGCAAGAUUGGAUGAUGUAGCCAAGGAAAUGUCUUCUUUCGGGCUCAAAGAAACUCAGUCUUAUGGACGGUCAAGUACCAUGGAGCGACGUGAAACUGGACCCUCUGUCAAUGAGUCAAAGACUCAAAGUGGUCCUGAUGUUGGAGUAAUUCCCAUUAUUGGAAUUGGAGGGAUGGGGAAAACAACACUUGCUCAGUUAGUCUAUAAUGAUUUGAGGGUUACAAGCCAGUUUCAAUCUUCGAUGUGGGUAUCUGUCAAUGGUGAGAACAGAAUUCUAUCCAUCUUAAGGCUGAGUUACAAUCAUUUGCCAUCGUAUCUGAAAGCUUGCUUUACAUAUUGUUCAGUGUUCCCAAUGAAUUAUGAGAUUAAUAAGGAAAAGUUGAUCCAUCAAUGGCUAACACAUGGCUUAAUUCCUUAUAUUGGAGAUCCUUCAUUUAGGCCGGAGGACAUUGGCAAUGAGUAUUUUAACAAUUUAUUGAUGAUGUCUUUCUUCCAAGAAACAACAAAAUCUGAUGACAGAGGUAUGGCAGAAUUUAUAAUGCAUGAUCAUAUUAAUGAUCUUGCAAAAUCUGUUGCUGGAGAGGAAUCAUUGACUCUAGGACAGGAAAAUGUGCACUGUAGUCUCUCAAAGACAUGGCAUGCAUCAGUUGUUUCCAGUUCUAGCUCUACUUUGAUCCCUGAAGCCUUGUGUAAAGCAAAGAGAUUGCGAACCCUCAAUUUCCUGUCGUCAAGAGACAAUUAUGUGGAAGCCAUUCCAAACAUACUAGCAACUUUUAAACGCCUCAGAAUGCUGAACUUCAGUGGAUAUGGAAUUAAGAGGCUCCAAAGAGAUUGGUGGGCUAAUAUCUUUGCGACACUGAAUCUCUCAAGUUGUAGUGUGCUCAAGGAGUUACCAAGAGGUACUACCAAGUUGAGAAAUCUGAGACAUCUUAACAUAGAUGAUUGUCCAAGACUUGCUGGCAUGCCUCCAUCAAUGGGAAUUUUACAACAACUUCAAACUUUGCCAGUAUAUAUCGUCGGCUGCAACUUUGAAACUUCUAUUUUUCAGCUCUCAUCAAUGAAUCUACGAGGGAAGUUAAAAACCAAAUGUCUGGAGGAGGCUAAAAUUCCAUUUGGGAACAACAUGAUUAAAGUGUGGAUGAAAACUAGAGAGUUUUAUUCAUUGGAACUGUUGUGGCAAAAUGAUGAUGGGGGCAAGCUAGAUCAAAACAGAUCUAGGCAAGCUGGCAGGCAAGUUGAUGAUAAAACUGAUUUUACUCUGGUAGAUUCUUUAACUGUAUCUCCAUUUGUAAGGAUGUUGUCAAUAAAUGGUUAUUCAGGAACAAAGUUCCCAGAUGAGAUGAGUUGGUCUCAGAAGUUCCCAGAUGAGAUGAGUUGGUCUCAGAAACUUGACUGA